CGCACGAGCUGUAUAACCCCAGCAAAUGGAGGGGAGCCGGCGGAGUUGGAUGUCAUUUCAAUUGAGCGACAGGUAGCGGUCUUCAUGCAGUCCAAUGAUAUACAACUGGACUGUAACAGCAUCGAAGCAUGUCACCUUUUGCCCAGAAGAGGGACAAACGACAAGCCGAUCGUUAUCCUGAAAUUUGUAAACAGGAAGCACAAGAUCGCGUUGCUAAAACAGGGAAGGAAGCUAAAAGGAACAAACGUUUACAUGAACGACCAUUUGACCAAACGAAAUGCUGAUAUAGCUCGAAAAGCACGCCAAAUGAGGAGAGAGAAGAAAAUUCUACAAACUUGGACAGCGAACUAUAAAGUAUUCAUCAAACUCAACGGUACUCCGGAGAACGCCAAAGUGCUGGUGAUUAGAAACGUGGAAGAUCUGAACGAAUAUGACGUUUGAACUGGACUGUAAGUGUCCUGUAAGACUGCUGUAAUUUGAUAAACAAAGCAGACAUGAAGAACCGGGGUGGUGGCAUGCUCGACGGUCGGCUCAAACACAGAUUGGAACAGUAUUUGGUUUCUUACACAAAUGAGCAUGUGGAUCUAUCAACUGUAGCCCUGGAACUUCAGAAGCAGUACAGAAUGGAGUAUGGCAGAAGAAACAAGAUAGCAUUUCGAAUUCAAGUUGAGAAAAUAUAUCAAGCAAUAAAAAUGGAGUCUGAACUGGAAGAGUUUGAAGCAAAGCACCUGACGGAGAGAGCCAAGAUUAUCCCAAUCGAAUCCAGUGACAACGACUGCAGCAGCAGUUCAGAAGAUGUACUGGGUGCUCCAGAGAAAAGUAGCAGCAGUCACAUGAACAGCUCUCUUACUUCUCUGUACCGAAAAGGAUCCUCUGACGUGAGCACCUACUCCUCUAUUAAAGAGCCGUCUGCUACAAGUCAAACAUGUGCAGGAGGUUGGUUCAUCGAUAAAGGCCAACGUCCUGCAAAGGCCGACAUCUUCGUGGACCUUGGUGAAGAUCAGCAAAUUAAGGCAGUAAAUAAAGAUGAUUCCAUGUUGGAGUCUGGGGGAUCUUACAAAAGGGCAGUCAAAAGGAAAAAGAAGUCCGCUAAAGAGCCUGACCAAGAACAAACAAAAAGAGAGAAGAAAGCAAAAUCCAACACAACGAAGCUGCAGUAUCCCACUGUAAAGUUUGAAGACGUUGGUGGUAAUGAAGGCACAUUAACGGAACUGUGCAAACUGCUCAUCCACAUGCGGCACCCAGAGAUAUACCAGCAUCUGGGAAUGGUUCCUCCUCGGGGCUUUCUCCUUCAUGGACCUCCUGGCUGUGGAAAGACCCUACUGGCACAAGCUGUGGCAGGGGAGCUGGAACUGCCCUUGCUGAAGGUGUCUGCUCCAGAAUUGGUGUCUGGAGUUUCUGGAGAGUCUGAACAGAUGCUCAGAGAGUUGUUUGACUUUGCUGUGAGUUCAGCUCCAUGUAUCCUAUUUAUUGAUGAGAUAGAUUCCAUCACGCCAAAAAGAGAAAUGGCCUCCAAAGACAUGGAAAGAAGGAUUGUCGCCCAGCUCCUCACCUGCAUGGAUGACAUGAACAGUCUGGCAUUCAAAACUCAAGUCCUGGUCAUUGGUGCUACCAACAGGCCAGACUCCCUUGACCCCGCCCUGCGUCGAGCUGGACGCUUUGACAAAGAGAUAUGCCUUGGUAUCCCAGAUGAACCAGCGCGUCUCAGGAUUUUGAAGACUUUGUGUCGUCAGUUGAAGAUGCCAGAGGAUUUUGACUAUGGCAGGCUGGCCCGUCUCACUCCCGGCUAUGUGGGUGCGGACCUCAUGGCACUUUGCCGUGAAGCUGCCAUGAACGCUGCCAACAGAGUUCUGUUGGUGGUAAAAGGACAGGAGGAGAGCCAAGCGGAGGACCUGUUAAAAAUGGACACUGAUGCAGAAGAAAUGAACAAAGAAAUCAAUGAAAACAACUGCACAUCAGCUUCUUUAACUGUACAGAACAGAAUAAAUCCAGGAGUAGUGGAUCGGUUACUUCAGGAUGAUCCAGAACACGAACAUCUGCCGCAGGGGGACCUGUGUCAACUGAUUCAUUUGCUGAAGAGCACUGAAAUGCUGUCAGAGCAAGAGUUGACCAACCUCUCAAUCAUCAUGUCAGACUUUGAGGCCUCUCUCUCCAGUGUUCAGCCUUCAGCCAAGCGGGAGGGCUUUGCCACUGUGCCAGAUGUCACCUGGGACGAUGUGGGAGCCCUACAUGAAAUAAGAGAAGAACUGACCAUGGCAAUAUUGGCUCCAGUACGUUCUCCGGAGCAGUUCAAGGCUCUAGGACUAAGUGCUCCAUCCGGAGUGUUGCUGGCUGGUCCUCCAGGAUGUGGGAAAACUUUACUUGCUAAGGCAGUGGCCAACGAGUCAGGGCUUAACUUCAUCUCUGUCAAAGGUCCCGAGUUGCUCAAUAUGUAUGUUGGAGAAAGUGAGCGGGCUGUCAGACAAAUUUUCCAAAGGGGGCGCAAUUCUGCCCCUUGUGUCAUCUUCUUCGAUGAGAUUGAUGCUUUGUGUCCUCGCCGGUCAGGCCAUGAGUCAGGAGCCAGUGUGCGUGUGGUUAACCAGUUGCUCACAGAGAUGGAUGGUUUAGAAGCUCGGCGACAGGUCUUUAUAAUGGCUGCAACCAACAGACCAGACAUAAUUGAUCCUGCCAUACUGAGGCCAGGUCGCCUCGAUAAAACAUUGUAUGUGGGUCUGCCACCUCCUGCUGAUCGCCAUGCAAUUCUGCUCACCAUCACAAAGGGAGGAACCAAACCUCAGCUGGAGCAAGAUGUCAGUCUGGAAGAGGUUGCCUUUGAUGAACGAUGUGACUGUUUUACUGGUGCCGAUCUGACUGCGUUAGUGAGGGAAGCAUCUGUCAAUGCCUUGAAGGCCUACCUGAAAUCCCAGUGUACCCCACCAUCUUCCUCUGGUCACACAUUUUCUUCUGGCUCUGUAGCAGACAUAAGAGUGGGCAAACACAACUUUGAUGAGGCUUUCAAGAAGGUUCGACCUUCUGUGUCAAAAAAGGACCAGAGGAUGUAUGAGCAGCUGAAAGAGUCCCUGAGCAGAUAAGUGCCAACUUGAAAUAAAAAGGAUUACCUGUAGCCGUUUAUGAAUUGCUGUAUGUUCACAUUUUAUUUGCUUGGAUAAUAAAUGGAAGAAUUUGUUAA